AUGGACAUUCGGAACAGUGUAUUGUCGGUGGCUACCGGAGAGAACGGCCGGUUCCUAUUGGACGCUGUUGAGCUAGCCACUUACACGUAUUGGAUAAGUUCGCGUAACGGCGACUUGCUGUCCAUGGAAUUCAACGACCAUUUCACGGACUUGUCAAAGAAACCGACCUGGUUUAGAGUGAACGUCGAAAACUGUUGUUCAUUAUGGAUCGCCGCCACUGAGGCCCGCCGACUAAUUGGGGAAGCCCGAAACUCGACCGCAAAGGCCUAUUGGACAAAGGUCUGUGAUACUUUGGGAAGUUUAUACGAACUGCAUCCUUCGGUGUUGGCGCCGCCAUACACGGAUCCGGUCGGGUACGGCGACAGCCGAGACGGAUCGCCUCCGGUUCCGGUCGCGGACUUGGACGAUUUAAGCGGCGCCGUUGAAUCUUCGAUGGCGGCCGCGUCACCGAUCGCGGACAUUAAAUCCGGAACCGCCGUGAAGCGCGCGCGAGAACCCGCCGUUCGGCUACGGGACGCCCCUCUGCGCAAACUCGAUUGCGGUGACAGCGUGGUGCCUGACGUGGGCUCGAGCGACAGUUUCACGGGCACGCCGCCCGUACCGUCCAAACCAUCCGGGUGGAACCGGUUCAGAGAAACCGUUGGAAAAUGUUUACGGCGUUGCCACUCGUUUGUCGCUAUCGGCGGCGGGACAGAGCCGGCACCGGUCGAUCAUAAGCUAAUGUUUGUUACUGGUGCAUUACUGUUCGUAUGCGUGCAUCAACGGUUGUUCUGA